GCCCCUGCGUGUGUGUGUGUGUGGGGGUGUGGGUGUGUGUCGAACCUUUAAGAGGAGGCUUUCCCCCACAGUCUGACAACAGUCUCACCUGGGUUAGCCAUUGACACAGACGUGAUCUCUCUUCACUCGGGGGAAACGUGAACUCUGAGCUACAGCCAUGGAUGCUCGCCUGGAAACAGCCAUUAGAAACAUUGUGGAUAUAUUUACGGAGUAUGCUGAUGAUGUGGGCAAGAAAAACCAGUUAAGUCAAGAAGAGCUGAAGAAGUUGCUGGACUCAGAAAUAAAAAGCGAAGAGUUCAAAGAAAAAAUCAAUACAGUUGACAUCGAGGAGGCCAUUAAGUUGCUGGAUAAAAACCACGAUGGCAUGGUCAACUUCCGCGAGUUCUGUCGGUGUGUGUCUAUGCUCGCUAAAUGCUACUUCCACGCGAAGACAGGCAGGGGUGGCAAGAAAGGCAAGGGCAAAGGGCAAGAAGAUGAAGCAGAGGACUAAAGAAGAUUGACUGCAAAGCCUUAAAAUGUUUGUAGCACCUUAAUAGAUUCAUAUGUCUUUUAUACAUAUGACAUUUACAGUAUAUAUAUGUUACAUGUGACACAGCCGACCCUGAAAACAGAUGCUGCAGGUAUAAGGCCAGUGGAACAUCCAUUCAUUUAAACAUGAAUGUAAAAUGUGUUAUUGUAUCUCUGUAACUGGUUUUCAAAGAUCAAUUCAGUGCUUCCUGUAAAUAAAUUAAAACAGUGAAGUUGC